AGAUUUACCCUAAUGGCAAGGCUACGCGAGGCUUUAGUCCAACCAGGUGGUGAUGUCAUGAAAGGCUACAUUUAUCGAUAUCCCUUGCGCAUCGGCCAUUGCACCAUCCUAUGACAGAAGUUUCAAUUGAAAAUGUCGGCAGCAAAAAGAACCAUAGAUUCCUUCUUUAAACCGCCCGCGAAGAGACCCCGAGUAUCAGAAUCGGCAACUCUAGAAGAGAAGCCAAAAGAAGAGAAAUCUCACACUGUGAGUAUUAUAUAAUUCAACACCUUCAUCUUCUCCACUAACCAAUGAAGGAACGCGAAUUCACGCAUCACUCGACAUACCCAUUCCCAAUACCAUAUUUUCCGUCAUCUAUAUCCUCGGAGCUGGCAUCUUUUCCAUCCACGAUUGCCAAAGAAAUAAACGAUCAAGCUGAUCUUGACCUUCUUUACUUUCAGCCUUAUAUUCCUAAAUAUCUGGAACGUCAAGUGUUUCAAUUUCUUCGUUCGGAGUUGCCUUUCUAUCGUGUGGAGUAUGAUAUCAAUCGAGGGGGAAUAUCAACUCAUAUCAAAACCCCAAGGUAGCCAAUCCGUGCUUUGAAUGGAAGCCAAUCACUAACACUUGAGAAGAUGGACUACGGUGUUUGGUCUCGACGAGACAUCGAGAUUUAGUGAUAUUGGAGAAGUCAUCGAUACCACUAGCAGCAAGAAAGUCGAGAAAGAGCGGUAUUAUACCAAAUAUCCACCUAGGCCAAUUCCCAAAUGUUUAGAAGAUUUACGACUUUCAACUGAAGCGGCAACGGGUUGCAAAUUCAACUUCUGUCUCGUCAACUAUUAUGCAUCCGGGUCUGAUUCGAUCUCAUAUCAUAGUGACGACGAAAAGUUUCUAGGCCCACUACCGGCUAUUGCAAGUUUCUCGCUUGGAGCAAAGAGAGAUUUUGUCAUGAAACAUAAACUUGUACCGCCGAAUGAAAAUGCUCCUCCUCCGCCAGAAACCAAACCUAUUAAGCUGCCACUUGCAAGCGGGGACAUGAUACUGAUGCGAGGUAGAACACAGGCAAAUUGGCUUCAUUCCAUCCCCAAAAGAACAGGGAAGAAUGCAGACGACGGAGGGAGAAUCAAUAUUACCUUUAGACGUGCUAUAGUAAAAGGUGGGACGGAGAACUAUUAUAAUUAUAAUGUCGGCACUGGACCUGUGUAUAAAUGGAAUAACAUCCUGAGGGAAAUGAGAAUAUGGAAAGAAUCAUAAUUGGAUUGCUCUUCACCCAC